GAAUCAUUUUUAUAUUAUAACUAAUUAAACUGCCUGUGCCAUUGUGAUCGGCGUUUUUUCCCAAAAUUUAGAGUGGUUGUGGGGGGAUGUAUGUCGGUUGCACAAAUCAGCUGGCUUCUACAGGGGCUUCUCGGUGGCUCUCCACAACUUUUCUUCAGUGUUUAAAGGGAUGCUCCAACUUGAUGCGAGUUAUGUGCUUCUGCAUCAGACAAAAGAAGAGGAGGCGACUGACGACAAAAUACAAUCUCAAAUAAUUGACUGUGAGAACCUCACUGUGCCUGAAGUUAAGGAGAAAUGUGAUAUUUGUGUAGCUCAACGAACAACCUAUUUUCAGACCUUGUUCCACCUGAUAAAAUGUCACAUAGGAUCGGGAAUUUUUGCGGUUGGAGAUGUGUUCCGCAACCACACCGGCUUAUUGCUGGGACCAUUACUGACAAUCUGUCUAGGGAUAGUCUGUAUAUGCGACAACCACAUAUUGGCUAACUGCUCCAAGGAAAUCAAACAUCGACAGAACCUCAGUUUCUAUCCAUCGUUCCCUGACACGAUGGAGUGGGCAUUCCAGUCCGGGCCAUCCCUGUUCCGCAAAUGUUCUUCAGCAGUCAGGGAGGUGGUGAAGGGACUCAACUUGAUGACCCAGCUCGGUUGCUGCAUUGUAUAUUUCAUUUUUACGUCCUCCUCACUACAAUCUCUGCUGAGGAUGCUCGCUAGACAUGGAAUAGUGAUGGAUGAGCAUCUCAUGAUAGUUAUUAUUUUCCUCCCAGUCGUUCUGACAAUCUUCAUGGCUAACCUCAGGUUUCUCACCCUGUUCUCCGUACUGUCCAGUGUGUUUGUAUUCAGUGCCGUUGCCCUCACGCUGUACGUGUCUUCUUCUGACCUGCCACCCAUCACUACUCGACCUACGAUCGCUCACUGGUCUCAGAUACCUCUGUUUUUCGGAACAUCCAUCUACUGCUUUGAAGGAAUAGCUAAGACGUGGCCACUAAACGGAUCGACUCCACCAAUCAUGGCUCCUCUUAGACAUUGUAACCUGCUGAUCGUCUUACUGGCUCUGGUCGGGACUUUGUUUGUUGUCAUCGCAUUCAUCUGCUUCAUCAAAUUCGUAGACGACGUCGCCAGCCACCACCUGAGCUACAGCCUUUCACAGACGUAUUUGUGUUCUGAGGUUGUUCACUUGACCAUAGCCCUGGGACUCUUGUUCUCGUACACUCUACAGUUCCACAUAGCUCUCAUGCUGGUCUGGCCGGAGCUGGUGACAGAGCAUGGACCUGCGCAGCACACGGUCCUGGCCGAGCUGGCACUCCGACUCAUCAUAGCGUUGGCUACUUUCACAGCUGUAGAGGUACUGCCAAGUCUGGGAGUGUUUGUGUCCCUCACAGGAGCUGUGUGCGGAACUCUACUGGCACUUAUGAUGCCACCACUCUGUGAUCUGGCGCUCUAUUGGUCCUGCCACUCGCGUCCCUGGAAACACUCGUUUGAUUUCUUUUCCAUUGUCCUAGCAGUUAUUGGCCUUGUUACUGGAGUUUUGUACACAACAGUUGUCAUGAUUAAAGGAUUCCCAGAUGAUACACCCCCUCAAAAAUGA